AGUGGGAGGCCGCCGACUCUUCUCGGAGGUUUAGUAGUGUUGUGGCCACCGAGAGGAGACCCACGCACAACAUACGUCGACACGCACGUCAAGAUGGAGAUGCACGUGAGGUGGCGGCAUCACCAGCUCGGCCUUUUAGGCUACCUUCGGCACAUGCUGGCUUCAGAAGCGUUUGUCGAUGUGACGCUUUGUUGCCAAGAUAAAAGGCUCAAAGCUCAUCGCGUGCUUCUGUCAGCAUCAAGCCCAUAUUUACAGCAACUCCUUCUGGCACACCCGGUGAACGAUCACACGACGAUCAUUCUCGACGACAUCGAGUACGAGGACAUGAGGCUGUUGCUCGACUUUAUCUACACUGGUGGAACUGCUGUGCCGGAGGAAAGGCUGGACUCGUUCAUAAAAGCGGCAGAAACUCUCCAGGUGACCGUACUGAAGGAUAAAAGCCUGCAUUCGCAUUGGAGGAUGGUCGAGGAGAAACGGCCUGUCCCUUGUCUGGUGCCUAUUCGCCCCCAAUUGGGCAUCAUCACCCCCAGCCCGUGGACGCAGUCAGCAAGGCCGCCAGUCUGCGUGCCCAGAAGACCUGUACACUCGCCUCUGCAGGAGACGAAAAGGAUGAGUCCACCAGUACAAAUUAAACAGUUACCUUGUGUGGAGGAAACGAAGCCGCAAGUCAAAAUCGAGGAACCAUCAGUAGGUAAAAAUAACGGAGUCAAACUCUGCAAAUUGAAAGAAAGGCGGCUGCAGGAGUUCUACAGGGAACAGGCCAUCGCCAAGAGCGAGGAGGAGCCGAGCGAUUUGAGCCUAGGCAGCAAUAGCUUCAGCAACCACCAGAAGGAGGUAAAGCAAGAAGACCCGAGCCCGCUUCAAUCGCUGGUAGGACUCUUGGAAGAACGGGCGAACCCCGUGGAUCUCGUCAACGACCGGAAUAAUAACGAAGGUGGCCUACCCGAGGGGAAACCUUUUUCGUGCAGCAUUUGCAGCAAGCAGUUCUCCCACAGGGGCCACUGGAGUGCCCACGUCAAAUUACAUGAGUCGCCCAAGCCAGAACACUCAUGCACACAUUGCAGUAAAGUCUUCGUUACAAGAGCUUCCCUAAAGGUCCAUAUGAGAACACAUACGGGAGAGAAGCCAUUCCAGUGUCUCGAGUGCGGUAAACAGUUUUCUCAACUCAGGAAUUACAAGUACCACCGAUCGGUCCACGAAGGGACCCGUGAGUUCGCCGCGACCUGCCCGGAAUGCGGGAAAUACUUCAACGACCGAGGAUACCUCAGCUCACACAUGAAAAUUCACAGGAAUAGGAAAGAAUACGGCUGCGAGUACUGCGGGAAAAGUUUCAACCAGAGGGUCGCCUACAACAUGCACGUGAGGAUUCACACGGGCGAGAAGCCGCAUGAGUGUCCACACUGCGGCAAAUCCUUUUCGCGGAAGAUGCUGUUGAAGCAGCACCUGCGGAUCCACACGGGCGAGAAACCUUUUUCCUGCGUGGUCUGUCAGAAGGCGUUCGCCGACAGGUCCAACAUGACCCUCCACAUGCGACUACACUCCGGUAUCAAACCGUACUCUUGCACGGUCUGCUCCAAGUCUUUCACGAAAAAGCACCACCUCAAGACACAUAUGAACUACCACACCGGAGUCAAACCCUAUUCCUGCGAAAAGUGCGGCCUCAAAUUCAGUCAGAGUAGUAAUAUGAGGACCCAUUACAAAAAAUGCACGUCUACCGGUGUCGUCGAUGUUCAGAUCAACGUCAACAACGGAGUUGCCUCGAACCCACCGCAACCUUACCCUCCGUUGCCAUCCGAACCCAACUCUCCACAACUGGGUGUAAAUACAUGAUAAUUGUGCCAUUUUAUUUUAAUGUGUUUUUUUUACUUUUAAAUUUAAUUAUUGUAUCGUACUUAAGUAUAUCAGAAACAAUCAAAAAGUGAUCUUUCAGGUGAUAGCUUAGUUUAUUGAAUAAUUACAAAUAUUUUAUAAUUAUUUUUAAUAUUAAGUUCGAAUAGGAAGUUUUGUGAUACGACAAACGCUUGUAUAUAUACAUAAAUUGUUACGACGCGAGUUUUCUUGUUGUUAAUUUAUUAAACUCACGCUUUAAAUUUAU